UUAUUUAUAGAGAUAGACAUUUGGAAAGAUACUAAAUUUCUUUUAACAAUUAUUCGAUGGUGUACACUAUGCAUUGCAUGGAAGAGAAACCGACGUAAAAGAAGAUUUUGGGUGAGACUUAUCAAUGAAAAUAGAAUUCAACAAGAAGAUUAUCUUGCAUUAUUUCAAGAACUAAAAGAUGAUAGUAUAAUGUUUUUCUGCUACACUAGAAUGACAGUAGAUACAUUUUACAUGUUAUUAGAAAUGAUAUCUUUAAAACUUCAGAAACAUCAUUGGAGAGCUUUACCACCUGAAUUACGUUUGUCUGUAACACUUAGAUACCUAGCAACAGGAGAUCAUAUACUAUCCAUAGCACUAGCAUAUCGUAUUGGAGAAUCAACAGCAUAUGCUAUUAUAAAAGAAACUACUGAAGCUAUUGUAAAUGUGUUAUUACCUUGUUUUGUGCAGCUGCCAUCUGAAACUGAAUAUAAAAAAAUAAGUACAGGAUUUCUUGAUAAUUGGAAUUUUCCAAAUUGUCUUGGUUCAGUUGAUGGCAAAUAUUGCAUUAUUCGAGCUCCUUUACAAUCUGGUAGUUUAUACUAUAAUUAUAAAAAAACAUUUAGUGUAGUAUUAAUGGCUGUUUGCGAUUACAAUUAUAAAUUUACCUUAGUUGAUGUUGGAUUCUAUGGUAGUCAAAAUGAUGCAAGCAUAUUUUCUGAAUAAGAAUUUGAAAAAUCUCUUAAAGAAGGAAAAUUGAAUGUGCCAAAAGGAAAAGUUAAACUACCAGGAAGUGAUAAAUUAACUUAAUAUUUUUUUAUUGGAGACGAAGCAUUUCCAUUAUCAACAAAUUUUAUGAGACCUUUUCUCUCAUCUAUUUAAAAAUUGCUUAAACGGGCUUGAUGAUUAAAUGAUUAAAAUCAACCAACGGGAUUAUAGUGAAGCAAAAACUUGGCAUGCCCGGCUUAAAACGCUCGACUUAAAAUGAUCAAUGUUAUACAAUAUGAAAAUUAUUUGUACGAAUAAAAUAAU